GCAGUUUCCUUUUUCUUUCACAUGUGCAUUGAUCAUGAGUCAUUCAUCAGUUUAUUCUCAGUGAGACUGCGCUCUCUUUGUCAGUCAACAUACUUUAUGCAGGAUGUUAAAUGAUGUAACACCUGCCUGUGUUUUAGUUGGUCCAACAGGCCACGGUCAGCCUGUUGCAACAGGAGUCCAACAACCUACAGGUGUUGGUGUUGGCACAGUUGGCAAACCACCUAAACCAUUCUUACCAGGUACAGGAACAGGUGUUGGUCCCGGUGGAUAUCCUUAUGGUGGACCCUAUGGAGUUCCAUAUGGUGUUGGUAUCGGCACUGGAGUUGGACCUGGACCUGGAGUCGGCACUCUGCCUGGAUUGAAGCCAUUGAAACCUCCAGCUGUGGGUGGAGCAGGAGGAGGAGCAGGAAUCCCACUGGCAGCAGGAGGUGGGUUGCUGUAUCCCUCUGGAGUUGGACUGGGAGGUGCUGGUGCUGGUCUUGGUGUUGGUGCUGGAGCUAGACCACCCAAACCAGGUUACGGCAAUCUUGGAGGUGGCGGUGUUUAUCAGCCAGGUGUGGUUCCAGGGUUUCAAGGAGGUUACCCCCAACAGUAUUACCCAGGUGGUUAUGUACCAGCUCCACUGACUCCUCAACAAGCCAAAGCAGCCAAGUACGGCCCAUUGCAGGGCUUCCUUGGUGGUGCAGGAGGAGGAGGGGGCUACAGAGGUGGAGUCGCAGGAUGCCAGGGCAAAUUCUGUGGGAGGAGGAAGUAGAGGAUCUCUUGAGAUCCAUAGUGACCUCAAGAUACCAUGGUGCUACUGCAUGAUCUAGAAUGUACAUUUUAUAUGCAAACAAACCCCAUUAGAAAACGUGUAAAGAUGGUUUUUUUUUUUUUUUUUUUUACUUG